UUGGGUUUCAUCUGCGAUUUCCCUUAAUUUUUUUUGUAUAAAAUCGUUUUUCUUCUUCAUUUUCACCACUCAACUUACAUAAACUCUUUCUCUAGCCAAAUUUUUACGUUUUUGCUCUGAUUUCUUCAAAAAAAAAAUGGAAGAUAUCUUCAAUAAUCCCGAAAAUAUGCAUGAUCUGAAUAAUGUGAAUGUUAAAGCUAUCGUUCAUUUAAAAGGAUCAGGGUGUAAUAUUUGGGAGGUAUUUCAGGUUUUAGAAGGUGUGAGACGUGAUCUUUUUAGAGCAACGAUAUUUGGAUACUUGUUGGACGUUGAUCGUUUACAAGAGGGCGGAUUGUUGUUUCACAAGAUGUUUCUUUAUCAGAUACGUCCGGACGCUAUUGUAUCCCCAGAUGGAGUAAAACGGUUAUAUUUUAGAGUCGGGGAUACGAAAAUGGUAUAUGGCCCGGAAGAGUUUUGUUUGAUAACUGGGUUUAAUUUUGGGGAGUAUCCUAAAAUGAUCGGCAAGAAAGUCUCAGAAAAAAACCUUAUUAAUAAAAAAAGAUGUUUAUUGCGUGAACGUCUAUUUCCGGACCAUACAAAUAACUCAGUGAAAAUCAGUGACAUAAAAAGUUUUAUUUUUAAUCGUCCGUUCCUACAAGUUGGUGAUGCUGAUGCAGUUAGGUUGUGUUUGAUAUAUAUUUUGUGUGAGGGAUUUUUAGGAAAGGAAGUAGACGAUCGAGUGCCUCAAGAUUGGUUUAUUUUGGCUGAGGAUUUGGAUGUGUGGAACAGGUUUCCUUGGGGUAGCUAUUUGUGGGAUUUUACUUAUGAGGACCUUGAGGAUACUUGGAACAAGAUUAAUAAUUAUUUUUCACUGUCGGAGCAUCGUCAAACCCUUAAAUACUCCGUCUCAGGAUUUACGGUGCCAAUUAAGAUUUGGAUAUAUGAGAUGCUUCCCGCUGUUCGUGCUGGUGGAUAUGCAUCGAGAAAAAAUAGAGAGAUGCCUCGGAUGAAACGAUGGAGUGACAAUAAAAAAUUGAAAUGGGUUGAUGUAAACAAGAUGUUUUUAAUGACAAAGGAGAGACAACCAGUAAGGAAAAAAAUGUUACCGACCGAUGAAGAGAUGACAAGUUCUUAUUAUAUGUCAUGGCAAGAGUACGUAUACGGUGAACGAAAAUCAGUUCCAUCCCCAGUACGAGACAAUUUUAGGAGACAAGACGAAUCUUCGUCUAGUAUGUUGUCUAGUGGUCGCUCUUACGGUAGAAGUGGACGUAGUGGGAAGCCCAAGUUAGACGAGGUCUUGAAACGGUUACAUGCACUGGAGCAACAUGUGUUUAUGAACCGAGAGCAAACAAAAUGCACGGAAAAUGUAAAUUAUUACGAUGACUAUGUUAUCGAUGGCAAACAAAAUACUCCCGUUGAACCGAGGACUCGUAAUCCAUCAAAACAUAUUUGCACUCCUUACACCGAGUUGCACACGGCACCAAAGCAAAAAAGAAGACCACAAAAGAAGGUGGAUACCAAAUUAAGUAGCCCCGUUCCUCCUCCAAAAUUUACAGUUGUUCAUGACUUCUCUGUGUUGCGCCUUCAACCUUAUGUAGAAGGCGGUGAGAUUGUGAUCCAAAAUUAUUUUUUUCAUUCUUAUGAGGUGCAACACCGUUUUUUAAAUUUGGUGUUAGAUAGAGAUUUUUGGAGUGCCUUGUUUGGGCAUGCACAUGACGGAUGGUUGGACGCAUCGCAUAUCACCAUUUGGUAUAGACUACUGAAUGAGAGACGUUUCGAUAGCGAUCGGCAUACAAUAAUGCCUCCAAAUUUUUUUGUUUGUCAUGUUCUGGAGGAAGUGUACGAUUGGAGGGCGUUUAUGUCUGGUAUUUCUAGAUACCCCGAGCACAUGGUUGCUUGGUGGGAUGUCGAUACGGUCCUAAUGCCGAUUCAUUCAUUCCCUAAUCACUGGUUGUUUGGGGAACUUCGAUUGUCGUCAAUGGAAAUCCAUCUUUAUGACAGUUUAGGUAGAGAGGCAUAUGAAAAAUUCAAGUCUGAUGGAACCUUUACCAAAUUUGAAGCUCGGGUGGCCGGGUAUUUAGACAAGAUUAACUAUUGGGCCCGAAGGAACAUUCGCAGGAUUCCAUUGAAUAUGCAAUUCAUUCUCGAAACAAAUGUUCCCAAAAAAAGUAGUAUGUUGGGAGACGGUGGUGUUUUUGUUUGUAUGUUUAUGGAACAAUUAGUUUCAGGCCAACCAAUACGUGAACUUAUUGACCCAAGGAACGCAGCUUUAGAGUUUCGCCAACGGAUGGCAAAAAUUUACUGGGGGUCGAGUCUUGGUCCUAUGUAGUUGGAUUAUAUAUUUGUAUAUGUAAUUGAAUGUUGGAUUUGAUUAUUAA